AUGAACAUCGGAAAAGUAACACUCUUGCUACUGCUAAUAUUGGCCUUCUGGCGUACGGUGUUGUUGUGGGAUAUGAAAUUUCUACUAAACAAUAUAUUACCUUUGAGUACCAUCAUGCAAACGCAAGAAAUCAAUUGGUUUAUAUCACAACGUUUGGACAGCGAAAGCAGUGAACAUUUGGAUCAAUUUUUCAAUACCAUACAUCGUCAUACGCCCAUAACACAAAUGGUUUUCACCAAUAAUAGUGAUAUCAGGAUAAUAAAAACUACCAGCAAACGCAAUUAUAUGGGCAUAGUAUUGACUACGGGUCCCUCGGAUCCCAUAAUGUGGCUGCAUGAUCGUGUACUUUUGGGACGCCACUAUUAUAUGAAUUUUGUUAUAUUGGUUAAGCCUUUGGAAGAUUUUACGAUAGCCGAGAGAAUUUUGCGUAAAUUGCAUAGAAAUAAUUUUCAAAAUUCCUUUCUCUAUGUGGGUUACUUGAAUGGUUCUUCCGAUUUGUUGGGCAUUAAUUCUUAUCCCGAAUUUAAAAUUGAAUUGCGUACUUAUUUCUUAAGGGAUUUAAGAAAGACAAUGGGUAAAGUAUUAGCUGGUGGAAUGGAUUGUCAAGGCUUUAAGUUUUAUACUCCUUUACGUUUGGAUUUGCCCGGAGUUUUUCGCUAUUACAACAAGCAGAACAUAAUAGAGAAGCAGGGUAUAGCUUAUCGCAUUUUAAAUUUAUUCAUAAGCUAUAUAAAUGCCUCCAUAGAGCCCUAUCCAAUGCCCGCUGAUCACUUAGGAGGCAUAGUGGUAAAUAUGAAGGAUACAUUGCAAUUGAUAAGGAAUAAAAGCAUUUUAAUAACGGCCCAUGCCUAUGCUCUCUUCGAAACUGAUGAUACCAUAGAUAAAAGUUAUCCCUUAAUGGCGGUACGCUGGUGUUUAAUGGUCCCACUUAAGAAUACCAUUUCCACGUUUUAUUAUCCCAUUAAACCUUUUGCCGCUUAUGUCUGGUUUAUAUUGAUAUUUACCUUCUUUGCAUUGGCCACCACCGAUUGCUUGUGGAUUAUAUGGGAGAGUCAAAAGGAUCCUUCCAAGCGUUCUCACCUAAUGUGGCAUUUGCGUUGCAGUAUUUUAGAUAAUCUUUGUUAUAUGCUUAAUAUAUCCGCUUCUAAGAAUAUAAAACGCCCCACCUGGGUAAGGUUUUUCCUUUAUAGCACUGUAUUUUUCCAGGCUUUCUUUUUAUCUACGGGCUAUACCUCCCUGCUGGGUAGUAUUUUAGCAGUUACCCUCUUUCGCGAUGAAAUUAAUACCUUGGAGGAUCUUAUCAAAGCCAACAUCUCUACCUUAAUAAUAGACUACGAAUAUGAUUUUUUGCUAGGGGUCAUGAACUUACCCUAUGAUUUUCUUAAACUCAUAACACCCGUCGACUCGGCCACGUUUUAUCAUCAUCAAUCGCGUUUUAAUCAAACUUAUGCCUAUUUUGUUACCGAUGAAAAAUGGCAUUUCCUGCAGCUUCAACAAACCACUCUUAAACAGGGUCUUUUUAAGCUCACCGAUAUCUGUUUUGGUUCUUUUCAUUUGGCUUUUCCCAUGGAAACGGAUUCACCUUUGUGGCGUAAUUUGGAAUACUUUAUCUAUAGGGUGCAUUCUUCGGGCAUGUUACACUAUUAUGAGAGUAUUUCGUUUGAACAUGCUGUCUAUGCUGGGUAUGUGCAACGCUUUACCGGUGGUAAUGAUUAUCAGGCCGCCGGCUUGAGUCAUGUAUCAAUGGUUUUUCUAAUGCUGUUGGUGGUGAGUGCUGUUUGUGUUUUAAUAUUUUUGGGUGAGUGUCUUCAUUAUAGAUUACAGAAAGGUGUGGUAAUCUUAGUUUUUAAGUUAUUGUUUUGGAAAUAA